AUGGCCGACAUGACAAUUGACAUUCCAAGUUACACUCCGAUGGAGACCGCCUCCAUCAAGGUGGAAACAACUAACAAAGACAAUUAUGUCGGUAUCAUUCCAUUUCAAGAGAUGGGGUUGAAGAAAGAAAUUAUGCAAGCGAUUACUGACUGCGGGUUUGAGCACCCGUCUGAAGUCCAGUCGCAAGUCAUCCCAAAGGCGUUGAUCCGUCAAGACAUUUUGUGCCAAGCGAAGUCUGGUAUGGGUAAAACCGCCGUAUUCGUUAUCACCAUAUUGAACCAGGGACUUUUCAUUGGAAAGAAGGGCGUGAGCACUUUGGUUAUCUGCCACACUCACGAGUUGGCCAAACAAGUCCAAAAGGAAUUUGACAGAAUGAAAAAGAGACUCGAGACGGCUAUUGAAAAGGAAAUUAACACCGCAAGUUACAUCGGAGGAACUCCGGAGGCCGACGAUGCCGAGGAUUUGAAGAAUAGAUCUCCUUCUAUUGUUAUCGGAACUCCAGGGAGGUUAUUGGGACUCUUCAAUAAGGGUGUUCUCGACUUGAGUCAGUUGGACACUUUUGUUAUUGACGAGUGCGACAAGGUAUUAUCAUCCAACUCGCAAAUUGAUGUGACAACUCUCUUUAUGAAGUCGAACAAAACAAAGCAAACAAUGAUGUUCUCGGCUACAAUCAGCGAGCCGAACAAAGUUAUUUGCAGAAAGUAUCUGAGAAACCCACUUGAAGUCUUUAUUGAUGACGGAGAAAAAUUGUUCUUGCACGGACUUAAAUUGUAUUACAAAAAACUCGACGACAAACAGAAGGUUGCCAAACUGACAGACAUUUUAGACUAUAUCGACUUCAAUCAGUGCAUGAUCUUUGUUGACGGAAAGGAGAGAUGCAAAGUUGUUAUUGAAACGUUGAAGAAGGGCGAAUACCCAUGCGGUGUGUUGUACGGGAAAAUGGAAGAGGAGCUCCGUGAGAAGGAGUUUGAGAGAUUCAGAAAGGGAGAAAGCAGAAUUUUGGUAGCCACCGAUUUGUGUGGAAGAGGUAUUGAUAUUGAAAGAGUGAACUUGGUUGUCAACUUUGAUAUGCCAGAGGAUUCUGACCAAUUUUUGCACAGAGUUGGUAGAGCCGGGAGAUUUGGAACCAAGGGUUUGGCCGUUUCGUUUGUUGACUCGGAGGAUGAUCAGAAGAUCAUGGACGAAGUUCAGAACCGAUUUUCGCUUAAGAUGCCAGAGUUGCCGGAUGACAUCAAAGAAAUUCCAUCCAACUAUUACAAGUAA